AUGGACAAACUUGCAGUCGAAGGCUACUUCCCUGGCAGCCACUGGCUCUACUUCUCUGUCUACCUCUUCGUCUUCCUCAUUGGCCUUCCUCUCAACAUGGUAGCCCUGAUUGUCUUUGUAGGUAAACUGAAGCGCCAUCCCCUGGCCGUGGAUGUUCUUCUACUCAAUCUGACCCUCUCUGACUUGCUGCUGCUAGCCUUCCUGCCCAUCCGAAUGGUGGAGGCAGCCAGCAGCAUGUCCUGGCCUCUGCCCUUCAUCUUAUGCCCACUCUCCGGCUUUCUCUUUUUCACCGCCAUCAACCUCAGCUCCCUGAUCCUUACGGCUGUGAGUGUGGAACGAUUCCUGGGGGUGGCCUACCCUCUGUGGUACAAGACUCAGCCAAGACUUGGUCAAGCUGUUUUGGGCAGUGUGGUCUGUUGGCUCCUGGCGGGUGCCCACUGCAGUGUGGUCUAUGUUGCUGAAUAUUUGGGGGAUGCCUACCAGCUCCAAUAUGCCAAUGGGUCUUGCUACCUGGAAUUCAGAGAAGACCAGCUGGCCUUCCUACUACCUGUCAGGUUUGAGAUAGCAGUGGUUUUCUUUGGAGUCCCAUUGGUUCUCACCAGUUGUUGCUAUGGUCGAAUGGUAUGGAUCCUGAGCAAGGGGGCCAGCUGGAAGAGGAGAAAAAGGGUAGCAGGACUCACAGUGGCCACGAUGUUCAAUUUCCUACUCUGCUUUGGCCCUUACCAUUCAUCUCACAUCGUUGGUUAUUUCCAGAGUGAGAGUCCAACUUGGCGUGGGUAUGCGUUGCUGCUCAGCACCCUCAACUCCUGUGUUGAUCCCCUUGUCUUCUAUUUUUCUUCAUCUGGCUUCCAGAAGAACUUCCACAGGCUGUUCACAAGACUGAUGGAACCUGCAGGUCUUGGUAGGGGAAAUGCCAGAAAUGGGUUGGAAACCCAAAAGAGAAAUGGCCAGGAGAAGGAAUUGUCUAACUCUUAA